UGCAGAAGAUGGAUUGCUUGAAACUCCUAUAGAAUUAAAAGAUAACUUCAAAAAUAUUUACCCAUUAUGUAAUUCUUAUCAAGAAAAUAGUUAUAAAUGGUCAACUUGUACACCAAAAAUAUAUGAUAACAAAAGCUUAUAA